GAUGACAGCACGUAAAGACCAGGAAGUGGAAUGUCAACUCGCGAGGAUGCGGCAGCUGUAGUUACUUUUAAGUUAUAUUUCAGCGAUAAAAUAGUGUCUGUUUUAUGCUAAGGCGUAGUGGAAACAUCGUACACACAGUAACAUUAACUCUAGGUGUGUACACAUAGGUUUCCACAAUGGAGGAAAGGAAGAUUAAACGUAAAAGCCCUAGGCCAGCCACAAACUCCCAAUCUGGUCCUCCCAGCACAGCCAGGAAAAAUGCAUCAAGUAAAAACCUUGGCUUUAGUGGCAUGGGUACGCAUUCUAGUCAGAAGAACAAGUAUAAAAGGGGAAUGAGAGACAAGCCAAGACCACAGAGCCAAUCAGGCAAGAGCGGACAGACUGCCCCCACCCAACACACCUUCCUCACAGAUGUCUCCGAUGUCCAGGAGAUGGAAAAGGGCCUUCUCAGUUUACUGAAUGAUUUUCACUCCGGUAAACUUCAAGCUUUUGGUAACGAGUGCUCUAUUGAUCAAAUGGAACAUGUCAGAGAGAUGCAGGAGAAACUUGCCAGGCUGCACUUUGAUCUGUACGGAGAGAUGGAUGAGAAGCCAGAAGACCAGCACAAGCAAGCCUGUGACGCCAACAUGGAUAAAUUACUAUUGAAUCUGGAAGAGCUCAGUUCAUCAAUACUGAAGCUCAACCUUGCAGAUAGUCAAGACGUGCCCCGGACAUCCAGCAUGUAAUGUCCCAGGACUGUGCCAUGCCUACCAAGGAGAGCUCCAUUUGCUGUACAUAUCUCUUUACCUGCACCAUCAAGCAUCAAAAUAGGGUGAAGCAGCAAUACAUAUGACACAUUAUCACAUGGAUUCAGUAUUAUGUGAAUGAGAGUGGCUUCAGGGGCAUGCUUUGCUUGCCCCAUGUGUGUGUGUCGUGUUAGAUGACACACUGAGACAAAUGCUCAUUUGGCUUUGAUCAAAUGUGGACUUUGUCCAACUGAUCACAAUUUGGGAAUGAUUCCCAAAGGAUCUGUGGUAAUGUCAUGCCUUUGGGUGUUAAGACGAGCAGUUUGAGUCCAGUCAAACUUCUUUAUGCAUAUCUAUGCUUUUGUCACAUCAAGCACUUUCCUAAUUAGUCUGUAUUACCACUGUAAUGUUCUUGAUGUUGUGAUCAUGCCAGCAUUCACCUCUUACAGUACAAAUAUACUGGUGAGUUAUUGUGUUUUUAAACCAUAUGUACACUCUUACAGUAAAUGUUUUACCUACAUGUAUAACUUUCAAGGGUUUCUCAGCUUGCCUUCAGAGAAGCAGACGUUCUGACACCUUAAUAGUUCUGUCUAGAACUUUUAAGUCUUGUAGAACUUGCCAGUGUAGUCUUUAAAUGUUCCUCCAUUUGAUCAAACUGAAAAAACACUUUUUUCCCCCUAAGAGUGUGCAUUUGGUAAAAUGUCCACAAUGGGUGAAGGGUAUUAACAUAUAACAUGUAAUGCACUGAGUAAAGGUAUCAAAAGACAACAAUAUUUUACUAUUUGCCUUACUUUUACGAUUUUAUGAAAUAGUUUAAUGUUUUAAUUACAGACUCUGAAACUGAGGUGAUUGUAAGGUGUAUUUUAUUUUUUUCCUAAUAUUGUAUAUUUCAGAUUUUGUUUACUUUUAAUUUAAGGUGAAUUUUAAUAGAAAUUAUUGGCAUGGGAACGGGUUGAUUUUUCCUGAUUUGUUUGAAUUUUAUUUUUAGAGGUUUAUGAAUGUCAAUAAAAAUCUAAUUCAGA